AUGGAUUCUACUUUAAUGUCAAUCGUUAAUAAAUCAAGUACUCCUGGACGGUCCCAUUCACCAUCAAGAUCAUUGAUUGAAAAAAUUAAUAAUGAUUCUCAAGAACGUGUUGCUUUUUUUCAACAAAUUCAAAUAAAACCACGUUAUCAUCAUCAACAAUACAGUUUAAAAAAACCAAAUAUUAAUAUUACAAAUAUUUCAUCAACAUCUACUCCAUUAAACAAUCGAACACCAGUAAAUAUAUUACAACUUAAGCAACAACGUUUAAUAGCAGCAGCUGAUAGAAAAAAACGUAUUAUUACACGUAUUAUAAGUAUUGUUGGACUUCUAAUAAUUCUUUUAUGUGCUGGAAUUGUUACACUUACACUUAAAAUGGCACCAAAAAUUGAUGAACUUGUACGUACAAGAUCAGGUAAACAUAAUAUAUUGUAUCAUAUGCCUCGAAUGAGUACACCACCAUUAACAACAACAACAACCACAACAACAAUUGCAUCAAAUAAUUUUACAAUAAAUAGUACUUCAAUAUUUAAAUUUCCAUUUCGUUCUUGA